AUGUGGUGGAAUGCAACAGUGGUAUAUGAUGAGGUGAAAAAAAGCAGUAGAAGCAACAGCUCGACCAAGGACUCGAGUCGAGUGGAACAAAGUACCAGCUCGAUCGAGUUUAGUGGGAACAGGGUAACCGAGCUCGAUCGAGCUCAACCAAGGAAUGAUCUCAGAAACAAGGGGUUAGCCAGUGAGAAUCAAACCUUGGAGGCCAUAGGAUCAUUGCCCAAACUAAUCCAUCCAACCCCUAUGAACUCCAUUUCGAGAGCAAGGGUUGUUGGAGCUCUUAGUGGAUAUUUUCCAGCGAUUUCCAUCACUUCCAUGUGGAGAAUCGCCUAA